CGGGUCCCAAAGUGUAAGCAAAGCUCAAAGAAGAAGGCCUCCUUCAUGGAAAAGGAAAAUAGGAAGCAGACAUGCGUCUUCUCAUGGUAUGACUUCAUCUGUUCCCGCUCUUCCAGCACCUGCAACAAGAUGAAAAGGAAGUCAUCUCCUCCUCCCUCUUCCUAAGAAACCAAAAUCCCAAAGUUCAUAGAACCUACGGUGGCUUCCGUAUUGAAGCCGCUGCUUCCCCAAUGAGCAUCUUGAGUUGGAACUGUCAAGGAGCAGGAAGCACCGAGACAGUUCAGCAAAUACGGGAGUAUCGUCGCAAAUAUUUCCCAGAUUUCUUGUUCUUGAUGGAAACAAAACAAAAGUUUGAGUAUGUUAAUGGUUUGAGGAAAAGCUUGGGUUAUGUUCAGUUGAUUACGGUGAAGCCGGAGGGUUUAAGUGGUGGUCUUGCAGUAUUGUGGAAAGAUAGUUAUCAGGUGGAGGUGUUGGCUACAGAUAAAACAAUUAUUGAUUUGAAGGUCUCUUUGGGAUCGACAUUCUUUUUCUUAACAUGUGUCUAUGGCGACCCGGUUAAGGCCAAGAGACGGGAGGUCUGGGAUCGACUGGUGAACAUUGGUUUGAGGAGAGAUGAAGCUUGGAUGCUGGCUGGCGACUUUAAUCAGCUUCUCUCUAAUGAGGAAAAAAGUGGAGGUGUUGUACGAGAAGAAUCAAGUUUUUGGGAUUUUAGAGACAUGGUUCAAAAUUGUAAACUUAAGGAAAUUUGGCACACUGGAAAUUGGCUCUCUUGGGCUGGCUGGAGAGAUAAAGUAUGGGUACAGUGCAGGCUGGAUAGAAGUUUCGGAAAUAGUGAAUGGUUCUCACUGUUUCCUCGCUCUAAUAUGGAGUAUUUGGAAUUAUGGGCUUCUAACCAUCACCCAAUUAGAAUCUGCUUUGCUCUUGAACGAGAUGAUCCGACAAGGAGUAGGUUCUUCUUUGAUAAAAGGUUGCUUUCCAGAAAAGGGUUUGAAGAUCUAGUACGUCGGAGCUGGGAAGGUGACAGUGAGACUCACUCUUGUACGAUGGAUCGAAUUAUUCGGUGCAGACGUAAGAUCAUGGAGCUGAAGAAACGAGCGAACCUCAACUCUAGGCAUAAAAUCGUGCGGCUGAGAACCUUACUAGAACAGGAAGUAGCAAAGAUAUCUCCUUCGUAUAGGCUGAUGCAGAAACUUAAACAGGAGCUUGCGGCUGCACUUCGAGAGGAGGAACUGUUCUAGAGACAGAAAUGUCGUGAGGAAUGUCUCAAGGCAGGAGAUCGCAAUACAAAGUACUUUCACAAUUGUGUUAAGGGGCGUAGGAUCCAGAACAGAAUUCUUAUGUUACUGGAUGACUCUGAUCAAGAGCAUUUCUCUGAAGGGGCCAAGGGUAACAUCGCUGUGGAGUUUUUCAGAGACUUGUUAACAAGUUCCAACCCCUAUGACUUAGAAACUUUGUUUCACGGUUUCAACAAUAGGGUGACAGAUGCCAUGAAUGUGCACCUUACUGCUCCAGUAUCAUCGGAAGAGAUCAAAGCUGCAGCUUUCAGUGUUAAAGGUAAUAGCACACCAGGAGAGGACGGCCUUACGGGAAUCUUCUACCAUAAGUUCUGGCAUGUAGUAGGUCCUUCGUUGUCAGCAGAAAUCAGCCAGUUCUUCAACACAGCGAUCAUACCGGAGGGUUGGAAUCAUACCUAGCUAAGUCUCCUUCCCAAAGUCGUUAAACCAACGAGAAUGAAGGACAUGCGCCCCAUCAGCUUCUGCUCAGUUCAAUAUAAGAUUAUCUCCAAAAUCUUAUGCAACAGACUGAAAAUUAUCCUCCCUGAAAUCAUCUCAGAAACACAAGGGGCGUUCGUAUCAGGUCAUCUCAUCUCUGAUAACAUCAUCAUAGCCCACGAGUUGGUUCACAGUCUCCGCACAAAUGAAAAAACUGCUAAGGACUAGAUGGAAAUCAAAACUGACAUGUCCAAAGCAGAUGAUAGAGUUGAAUGGAACUUCCUGGAAGUGCUAAUGAAGAAAAUGGGAUUCGACAGAAUUUGGAUAAGAUGGAUCAUGGCGUGUGUGAACUCUGUUACAUUCUCGGUACUGCUCAACGGAAACUCACACGGGUUUAUCAGACCAGAACGAGGUAUUCGACAAGGUGAUUAACUCUCACCAUUUCUCUUCAUUCUCUGUCCGGAGGCUCUGGUAAGCAGAUUAAACAGCUCAGAAAGGUCUGGCUACUUGCACGAUAUUAAGCUGGCGGAGAGAUGUCCUUCAGUUCACCAUUUACUGUUUGCUGAUGAUAGUCUUCUUCUGGGUAAAUCAUCUCAAUCAGAAGCUGAGGAAAUUAUGAGAUGCAUUGAGCUUUAUGGUGAAGCUUUAGGACAGAGAGUUAACUUCCAGAAGUCCUCCAUAAUAUUUGCCUCCAAGGUUGCAGAAGAAACGAAGACUAGGGUUAAAGCAGUAACGGGCACUGAACAGGAAGGGGGCGAAGGCUCCUACUUAGGCCUGCCUGAAUGUUUUAGUGGCUCCAAACGAAAGUUGCUGAGCUUCAUUCGUGAGAAACUCCAAGGUAGACUGAAUGGAUGGUUUGCGAAGUCACUUUCACAGGGAGGCAAGGAGAUUCUUCUCAAAUCGGUUGGCUUAGCCUUGCCCAUAUUUGCAAUGUCUUGUUUCAAAAUUUCAAAAGAUGUUUCUGAAAAGCUCACAAGUGCGAUGAUAGAAUUUUGGUGGGGCAGUGGGAAUAACCGGAAGAAAAUUGCUUGGGUGGCUUGGCAAAAAUUGUGCAAAGAUAAAGAAGUGGGAGGCCUAGGUUUCAAAGAUCUAGAAAAAUUCAACCAAGCCUUGUUAGCCAAGCAAGCGUGGAGAAUUUGGAAAAACCCUCAGUCGCUGCUUGCUCGUAUCCUCAAAUAACGAUACUUCCGAAAGACUGAAUUCUUAGAGAGUAGCAUAGGAGCGAGACCCUCUUUUGCAUGGCGCAGCAUCCUUCAUGGAAGGGACCUGUUGAAACAAGGUCUAGUGAAGAACAUCGGCAAUGGUGAAACCUCCAAGGUCUGGUUAGAUAAUUGGAUAAUGGAUCCACUUCCUCGAGCACCUCAAUACCACCCUGAAGUUACCGUUGAUUUGACACUGAGAGUAUCUGACCUUAUGGAGCCUGCAUCAGGCAAUUGGGACUUGAGGAUCUUGCGCCAGUUGUUUGUAGAAGAAGAAAUUCCUCUGAUUAUGAGAAUCAAUACUCGUAGAGAUAAAGAUGAUACAAUAAGAUGGGGUUUCUCAAGAAACGGUAUCUACGAUUCGAAAAGCGGUUACAAACUUCUCGAAAACAUUGUAGAUAUCAACUCUGAUCAGCCUACUGGACUUCUUCCCCUGGAGAAAAAACUAUGGAGAGACUUAUGAAAGACUAAAACUUCGCCAAAGUUAAGGCAUUUUCUCUGGAAGAUUAUGGCUGGAGCUCUUACAGUGAAAACACAACUCCAGUCUUGUGGCAUUCACUUGGAUCCUACAUGUACUCUUUGUGGUCAAGAACGAGAAACCAUUUGCCAUAUGUUGUUUCAUUACCCAUCUUCAAAGGCUGUUUGGGAGCGUUCUGGUCUACCACUUCCUCCUGCAGGUUUCUCCACAUCUUCAAUUUUUUUUUGAACAUGCACUAUUUACUGUCAUGUAGCAAGAAAAGUACAUUGGACCCUAAGAUUCGUCUAGCCUUUCCAUGGUUAUUAUGGCACAUCUGGAAGAACCGGAACCUAGUGUGUUUUGAACAUCGGAGGAAUGACAUCGACACAAUUUGGGUUAAGGCUAUGGACGAGGCGUUUGUUUGGCUGCACCUCAAUUCCUUUAUAUCGGCUUCGUUGUCUGAGGUUGAUUUUAGUUGAAGGAUCAACAGAUAUGGGAGAAACGUCUGCAAGGACUGAUUAAGUGUAACGUGGGUUCUGUUUGGUCUGCACCUUCUGAGAAUGGUGGAGCUGCGUGGUUAACAAGAGAUUCUUCAGGUACAGCGUUAGCCCAUAGCAGACGUUCAGGUGUGGGUAUCAGAUCUCAGCUGGAAGCUGAUCUACUAGCUCUCGUUUGGUCAAUGGAAGCACUCAUUGAUCUCAAACAUAAGAAAGUCAUUAUUGAGAUUUCUUCAUCCCGGAUUCCAGCUGCUAUGUCAGUGUCUUCCAUCCCUUGGGACCUUCAUCCCCUUUUGAAAAGAUUAAAACGAGCUCUAGACAGGUUUGAUGAAUGUCAACUGGCCUUUGUUCAUCAAGGAAGCAAUACAGUUGCUGAUUCCAUUGCACGAAGUGUGGUUCAACAUCGACGUUAUCAAUCUUACAUUGCAAGGAACGGCCCGAAGUUGGUUGGACUCUCAAAUCCGCCUUGAUGCAGUGGGAGGCUCAUGAUCUGGUAUCUCUCAGGUUUCUUAAGCUGUUGUUGUUGCUAGCUAUAAUAAAAGAUCCUCGUUUACUUGCUUGUCCAACUUUUUGGGUUUUGUUUUUAGCGCCUACUGGCUGCUUUGUUGCUCCCUUUAUAUUAUUUUGGUACUCUGUUUUAUCACAACCUUUUGGCUCGUGAAUGGUUCUAUGAAACUUCAAUGACAAAAAAAAAACUGAUUACAGUUUCGUACUUUUCAUUAUUCUGCUUGAUUUAAUAUAUAUUUUAUUACUAGAUGACUUUUUCGUGCUUAUGCAUGAGUUCAAUCACUUACAAAAUAAUUAAACUGUAAUAAUUAUUUAAUAUUUUAAUUUGACUUUUAUUUAAUUUUAAAUUAUUUUUUAAUUUAUAUGUAUGAAAAAAUAAAUUGGAGAUUAUGUAAAAUUUCAUUUAUGCUGUUAUUUUGAUUCGAUAUGCAGUUUUGAGUACGAUUUAGAUUGGUUCAAUUACAUACACUAUCUAAAAUUAAUAUUUAUAUUUUCUAUGUACGAUUCUUUUUGGCGUUAUAUUUAUAUUUUCUAUGUCAAUCUCAGCCUCUUCUCUCCCUCUUCGUUACAUACACUAUCUAAAAUUAAUAUUAAGUGUUAUGAAAAAUAAUGUGCGAGUACCAUUUAGUAGUUACUGCAUAUAUAAUAUUAGAAACGUUUUCAUUUUUGUUUGACCAUAUAUAAAACUAGUCAUUGCCCGGCAAAGAAAAAUAAUUAGUCAUGCUUAAGUAUUGUUUAAAAAUAAUACCAACAUGCUUACCAUCAGCUUGAUCAGAGAGUAGUUUAAUGUUAAGUAAGGUUGUACAUACCUGUCAAUCUCAGCCUCUUCCCUCCCUCUACGUUGAAUACACUCUAAAACGAGAGCAAACAUCAAAUUAGAUAUCAAGAAGAUAAAUAACAGAGAUGGAUAGCUUGAGGUUUACCACAGUUGCUGUUGCACUCCUUCUUCUAUCCUUCCUCCAUUCUCCCACAGAAGCGGAAGGUGGCGUGUGCACUGAGAUCCAAGGAUCUUGUCUCGAAACCAGCUCCUGCACGAGACUUUGCUUAGAAAGCAAG